AUGUCCAGCGGCGAAGUCUUACUGCGCCUUUAUGACUGUAUUCAAGAGGCCAGGUCGGCACACCUAAACAUCAAAUAUCUAAGCUGGAAAUACGCCUACUGUAUUGCGCUUCAUCCCAUUGGCGAACAAUUAGAGUUCAAGGACAUGACGGCUGAGGCGCCUGUGUCCUCCAAGGCGGUUGACAUCUGGGACAUCGUCUACAAAAAGGAGGGUGCUGAGCCAUUCUGCCUUUCACAGGCACUAGGGUCUUUGGUGAAGAAGCACAUCUUCAAGAACUACCUGAUUACUGGGGCACAGGAGCAUGUGCUGCGGACGUGUGGCUCGUCUUACAGAACCAUGGACUUGGACAUGAAGAUCGCGAUGGUGAAGGCUGAAAUGGAGAAGGCACCCAAGCCUCUGCCUGGCCAAAUCGGUUACAAAUACGGAGCCAAGUACUUCUGGCCCCAGCGCCCAUGGAUAGAUGAGCUGAAGCCCAUGUGCCUGUUACAACCAUGUAUGGGCCCAAGUGACCUGGAGGCCCAGGGGCCAACACCACCCUACCUAGGGCUGUCAAACAUUAUGUCAUGCAGUAAUUGUUAUGUACAAAGGCUCCUGAGGGAGAAGGAAAACCUGGCCAAGUCUGCUGAUGAGGUGAAACGACAGGAGGACUUUCAAAGUCAGCAACAGGCAGCAGCAGCCGCAGCACUGUCUCCACUCACCUCAUCUGGGGCAGUAGAUGUCGGUGUUGCUGCCAGUAACCAACAACAUACUGCAGCCAUGCCAGCAGCUACGCCCACGGGUGCGGUUGAUACUGCUGCUGUAAACAGCACCGAGACUCUGGAUGGCAGGGAUGGUGGCCAUGGCUCAAAGGGGAAGAACUUGGGGAUGUUGUGCCAAUCAGCAAGCCUGGGAACUGGAGGAGCUGCAGUGGCAGCUGCUGAUGCCGGCGGUGUGACAGAGGGGGAGGUGUUCAAUCCAGUGGAUGCCACUCCAACUGAGGAAGCAGCAAGUGGCUCAGCUGCCCGUCUCAGCUGCCAGAAGGCAUCCACCUUCAUGGUGGGUGCCUCUGCUGACAACACAGCUCCAACAACUACAGGUGGACCGGCCAUGGAUCAGGGCCAGCCCUCAAUACCAGGUGGUCCUGGAGCUGAGUUCGUGAAGGCAGGGCCCAUAUACUUGCAGGUUCGACAGCAGCUCAUGACCCGGGCGUUCGCCCGGUCGGGACUGGAGGGCAAGGAUGGUUGCCAUAUGGCCAUGCAUGGCCCUAAGCGGAAGAACUUGGGGACGUUGUGCCAAUCAGCAAGCCUGGGAACUGGAGGAGCUGCAGUGGCAGCUGCUGAUGCCGGCGGUGUGACAGAGGGGGAGGUGUUCAAUACAGUGGAUGCCACUCCAACUGAGGAAGCAGCAAGUGGCUCAGCUGCCCGUCUCAGCUGCCAGAAGGCGUCCACCUUCAUGGUGGGUGCCUCUGCUGACAACACAGCUCCGACAACUACAGGUGGACUGGCCAUGGAUCAGGGCCAGCCCUCAAUACCAGGUGGUCCUGGAGCUGAGUUCGAGAAGGCAGGGGCCUCAUCCUUGCAGCUUCGACGGCAGGUCAUGACCAGGGCGAUGGCCCGGUCAGGACUGGAGGGCAAGGAUGGCUGCCAUAUGGCCAUGCAUGGCCCUAAGCGGAAGAACUUGGGGACGUUGUGCCAAUCAGCAAGCCUGGGAACUGGAGGAGCUGCAGUGGCAGCUGCUGAUGCCGGCGGUGUGAAAGAGGGGGAGGUGUUCAAUCCAGUGGAUGCCACUCCAACUGAGGAAGCAGCAAGUGGCUCAGCUGCCCGUCUCAGCUGCCAGAAGGUGUCUACCUUCAUGAUGGGUGCCUCUGCUGACAACACAGCACCGAUCACUACAAGUGGGCCGGCCAUGGAUCGGGGCCAGCCAUCAAUACCCGGUGGUCCUGGAGCUGAGUUCGAGAAGGCAGGGGCCUCAUCCUUGCAGCUUCGACGGCAGGUCAUGACCCGGGCAUUGGCCCGGUCAGGACUGGAGGGCAAGGAUGGAUGCCGUCCCCCAAAAGGGAAGGACUUGUUCCCUGCACUGGCUGCUGAGUUGGCGGGGCCAGCUGGCGGCAACAAGAGCAGGAAGCGCAAGCGGCAGCAUGCAACCGUGCAGGAGGCUGCUGAGAAGGUGGCCAGGAUGAACGAUGACAGCAUGGAAGAUGACAGCAUGGAUGAUGAGUACAUCACUAUUGAGAACUCUGUCUUCAGUGUUGACAAAGCUGAGGAUGUACCAGCAGCUUUGGAGAAGCACGGUCUCGCCAUCCUGCAAGUCAACGAUCUCAGGAACAGGAAGAAUGUACCAUCAGAUGAGGUGGAGAAGGCUAUACUCUUCACGCAGCAGAAUGCUGCUGCUGUCUUUCAGGACAUCCCGCGAGAUGCGGAGGGCAACUUCAUCCCGGAGCGUGACAAGUCAGGCAGGAAGACAGGCAUUUUGCUGUCAGAUUUUGGGACCCAGCAGCGGAGGCAGGUGAUCAUUAACACUGAUGAUCCUGACCAAGAAGAUAUGCUGCAGGUGUUUCGUGUUGUGGUCGAGCUGGAGGUGGACAUUGUGCAGCGUGCAAUGAAUAUUCCAACCUUGCAGCCCAGUUCACCUGCACUCCUCAUGAACACACAGUCCGCAAGCCAGAAGCCUGUUAGCCGCCAAUGCUGGCACAUCGACCUCAGUGAGGACCAGACUGGCUUCGUGGUGAUUGCAGCUGUGCAGCAAUGUUCACUGCUUGUCUUCCCUGGCAGCCACAACCAGGUGCAGGAGUACUGGCGGCUGCAGAAACUACUGGAAAUGGAGAAGAUUGGGGAGGCCACUUUGAAGGCGUGCCUCACCAGCAAAUUUAACAGCGUUAAGGCUGUGCGGAUCAACCUCGAUCUGGGGGACAUCCUUUUCAUGUCUGGACACACCAUUCAUGCGGGAGACCGGGGCAUUGACAAGCACCCCGCCCUGCGCAUGCACUGGUAUGUCACUGGAAUGUACUGGCAAACUCCUCACCAAACAGAGCAAUCUGCGUGGUUUCAUUCUUCUGUUUCUUCUCAGUGA